AAACAUCACUGACAAUACAACGUGCUUGCAUUAAGAGCAAAUAAAAUAAUUUUAUAAUUCUUAAAUAUAUCAAAUUCAUCACAUUUAGGAGCUUUCAGGAUGGCAGUAAACAUGGCUGUAAGUCGUAUCAAACGGGAAUUUAAGGAAGUCUUGAAAAGUGACGAAAUCGCGCAAUGUUCAAUAAAGCUCGAAUUAGCUAAUGAUAAUUUUACAGAAUUGAGAGGAGAAAUAGCAGGUCCACCAGAUACGCCAUAUGAGAAAGGAACGUUUUUACUCGAAAUUCAUGUACCCGAAACUUAUCCAUUUAAUCCUCCUAAGGUUAAAUUCAUUACUAAAAUCUGGCACCCAAAUAUUAGUUCCGUUACGGGAGCAAUUUGUCUGGAUAUUCUCAAAGAUAAUUGGGCUGCAGCAAUGACUCUUCGAACCGUACUUCUUAGUCUUCAAGCUUUAUUGGCUGCUGCUGAACCCGAUGAUCCUCAGGAUGCAGUUGUGGCUUCUCAAUUUAAAGAUAACUAUGAAAUGUUCUGCAAAACGGCUAAGCAUUGGACGAACGUUUAUGCAAAAGGUCCACACAAAUUUCCCGAUUUUGAUGCCAAAGUUCAAAGACUACGCGAUAUGGGAGUAAAUGACUUUGAUGCCAGAGCAGCACUUAGUAGACACAAUUGGGAUAUAAAUCUAGCAACAAAUGAUAUAUUUUGAUUAAAUCUACACAAUAAUUCUAUUGUUCAUGUUUCAUAAAAGAAAAGAUAUUGAGGUGAAUUUACUUUUUUUCGAUUCCUUUUUUUACGAUUAAAUAAAUCCACACAUCUCUAGUGCUUAUUA